AUGAUACCCUGUCAAAAAAUUGAAGGAAAACCAGAAAAUGAGAGUGAACCAAAGCUUGAGGAAGAACCAAAGGCUGAGGAAAUGCCAGAGGAGGAAGAGCCAGAGGAGGAGGAGAAAACAGAAGGAACUUUUAUAGAAAAGCUGAUUCAGUCUCUCCUGGAAUUUAAAGAAGAUAUACACAACAGGCAUUUCAGCAAGGAAGAUAUGCUUAGAGAAGUGAAUGAAAUAGAUGAGAUAAGGAGAGUAAGAAACAAGCUUAUAGUCAUGCAUUGGAAGGUUAACCAAAACCAUCCUUAG